AUGAUUCAAGAGAUUGAGAAGCAAGACAGAGAAAGUGACAAUGAGAAUGAGAGCCAGGUAGGGAUCGAGAAUAAGAGAGCCAGGAGAGAGAGAGAGAGAGAGAGAGAGAGAGAGAGAGAGAGAGAGAGAGAGAGAGAGAAGAGAGAGAGAGAGAGAGAGAGAGAGAGAGAGAGAGAGAGAGAGAGAGAGAGAGAGAGAGAGAGAGAGAGAGAGAGAGAGGAAAAGUGUAGGACAUAGCAGAAACAAAGAAAACGUGAGAGAUGGAGGUAUAGAAAAAUUGAAAAUGAGAGAGAGAGAGCCACAAGGAGAGAAGAAUGGCAGAAGUAAGUAGAGGUAGACAAAUAGUAGGAUAUAUAGAUCGAUAAAUAAAGAGAGAUAGAAAGAAUAGGGAAUGAGGAAUGGGAGAUAGAGCGAGUGGGAAAGGAUGAUGGGAAGUAAAUAGAUGGAUACAUAGAUUAUAAAUAAACAGGGAGA